GAUCUUUGAGCUUUCCAAUGCACCAGUGAACAUUUUUACCUCCAAAGCUCUCACUCACGUCUUUCACCGAUUUUCAAGCAAAUUUUCUCGUAGCACUUGAAUACUUCAAAAUAUAAUCAAUUCGCGAUCAUGGCGCCCACCGCACCCAAAAAGCGAAAUUCUAUGCGCGCAAAAGCUUCUCAAGCAGGCUCAGGUAUCCAUGUUCCACCUGUGCAUCGCGAAGGUGCUGUUAUAUCCGAUUCAUUCAUCGAGUCCAAAAAAGACAAACGAACGAUCAAGCAUUCCGCCUUUGUCAACCGUAUCGAAAAAGGCAGUUCAAAGCCCCUCAAGCGUAGACGUCCAAAUAAGAAAUUGGUUACCACAUUAGAAAGUCUCGCAGAUGCACUGCCGGAUUUCGAGGGAGAAGGCUUGGAGAAGAUUAGCAGAGGAGAGAGUGGAAAGAUCAAACAAAAGAGUAUGAAGAGUCGACCUGGAGCAACGAAGAAGAGGGAGAAGUUGGAGGCUAUGGAGAGGGAGAGAUUUGGAAAGAAUAUGGCACAAUUGGCUGGAGUUACGGAGGAGAAACCGAAAGAAGUUACUGCUGUGGAGGGUCAAGAAGUGCCAGCUGCUUCAGGGACUGCGAGUAGAUGGGCCGCAUUGAGAGGAUUCAUUUCACAAACCAUGGAGCAGAAGGAGGAGUUCAAAAAGCCUUGAUUCUUUUACUUUUUCCAACGGACAUGGACAUAUUUUCUGUUUUGAGAUACCCAGUUACCACAAGUAUGGUACGUGUUAUUAUUUUACUUUCUAUCAAUCUACAAUCUAUGGACCUAAAAGCCUGUUUUCUCUCAUGAAAGAAUACCCACAGAUACAUUUCAUGCAACUGGGCGGAGUAAUACGUAUCAUUCGAGUGGAUGAGAUGGUUGGGUAUAUCACGAAUCGCGUAGAAGCACAUUGCAGCCGGUCGAUGAGACUGCCGAUGUUACCCAAACAUUGGCAAACAUACAAUCUUCUCCACCA